AUGUUUCACCGCCGUCGCAAUGCUACUGUCACUCGUACCAGCAAACCAACAUUGAUGACCCGUCUCAAGGGACGCAAUGCGAGAUCGCGCACUGUCAAGACUACAACCACCGUCCAACCCAACACACAUGCCACGCAUGCCACGCAUUCCACACAUGGUCACCACGGUCAUCACGGUCACCAUGGACGUGGCUAUGGAGCAACAACCACCCGUACCGCACCUACCCACCACCACCGCCGCAAGGCAAGUCUCGGUGACAAGGUCUCGGGUGCCAUGUUGAAGUUGAAGGGGUCGUUGACACACCGUCCAGCUGUCAAGGCUGCCGGAACCCGUCGCAUGCAUGGCACGGAUGGACGUGGAAGUCGCGCUCAUCGUGUCUACUAA